AACCUCCACAGUAACUAAGUACGGAAAUCAUAAAAGAGCCUUCUCUAACAGCAAACAAGUUCCGAGAGCUAUAUUGUGCAAUGUCUGGGUCUAACUCUCCAACACAAGUGAAGCCUGUGAAGGACUAUGAAGUCACCAACAGUCCAAUUCUAGAUCACUCACAAAAGGUUGAGGAGUUUGUCACUAGAGCUCAACCUGAAGCCAGCAGACCAACGAGGCCUCGCCUCCAUAUUGUCACAAAUUGGCACAACAACAAACCUAAGGCAAUGGGCCAAGGUGCUGAUUACACUAACAAAAACAACAACAAUAACAAUGACUGGAACAAGCCUAGUGGUAAUACUAUUCGGGAUGAAAGCUUGGCAGAUCCAUUUAUAGCCGAGAACAAGCCUAUUAGUGGUAAUACCAUUCGGGAUGAGAGCUUGACAGAUCCUUUUAUAGCCAAAAACAAGCCUAGUAGUGGUAAUACCAUUCUGGAUGAGAGCUUGACAGAUCCUUUUAUAGCCAAAAACAAGGAAGCUGCAAAGCCUUGGGCAGUCCCUGCUAGUGCACCUGCUGCACCGCAACCACGGAUGACUGUACUGGACUCGACAGUUCCAAAACGUGAUACUUACAUAGCAACCAUCGACAGUAGAGAAGCUCAAAGGAGGUAUGGCGGCACACUAGAUCCAUCAUCUAGGCCAAUCCAAGCACAAGAGACUUACACAGGAACCAUUGACAGUAAAGAGGCUGAACGAAAAUAUAAUGGCAGAAGAAUACCAUGAAGAUGAUGAGCAACCUGGGCAUGGAUGAUUUACAUCUAUUUUAACUAUAGGUUUAUCUUUAUUGUCCCUUAAAUCCUCUUUUGUUGGGGAUAUUAAUUAAGUAGGUUGAUAUGAGUUAAUCUUGCUAGUACAUACUCUACCAUAGCAUCAUCAUAUCAAUAAAGACAUGUUGUGUGUUUAUAUUUGUGAAAUAAAAGCUUUGUUGGUAGCCAACCAUAGUUGCUUAGCAUAU